AUGUCGUCAACCAUUGAAUCCGGUUUCCAUCUUGCAGAUAGCAAGGGCUACAUGCUUGGGCGUGGUCACGCCGCUGCUUGUCGUCUCAACCUCCAAUUCUAUCUUUGGAAAGAAUCGCUUCAAUUCAACAUUCACCCUUCCAUUCCUGUUCCCUCGAACCCAGUCAUCGCAGACAUCGGUACAGGAACUGCAAUCUGGCUGCUCGAUGUAGCUCACUCACUGCCUACAGCCACCCUGGAUGGCUUCGACAUCGACCUAUCCAACACCCCUGCACCCCAAUGGCUCCCUAAACAACUUACCCUGCACAAAUGGAGCCUCUUCGACCCCGUCCCAGAGCACUUGGUGGGCACAUACGAUAUCGUCCACCUCCGCCUCCUCAUACUUGUCGUACAGAACAGUGAUCCCGUUCCAGUCAUUCGGAAUGUAGCGCGUUUGCUCAAACCGGGCGGAUAUAUCCAAUGGGACGAUCUGAAUUACCCAGACACCCAUGUGGUGAAGGUAGACCCUGAACUGGCAACGCCAGCCUUUGAUCGCUUGCUCAAAUUCGUCUACUCGAACGGCCGCCAUGACUGGGUGCUGAAUUUGCCGACAUUGCUGGAGCAGAAUGGGUUUGAGAGCCCGCGGUUGGACCAUUUUCGGGAUCGUGUGGAGCUUGCUACCGCAAAUGGAGAACAGCAUUUGGUCACUAUGGAGGAGUUUGCACAGUCGCUGCAGAAGGAAAGCGCUGAUGACGCGCAGAACAUACGCCUGUUGCUCAAGGAUCUUUCUGUCGAAGCAGUUCAUGGUGUUGCUUUGUCCAUGCCGCGGGUUGUAGCUGUUGCGCGGAAGGUAUAG